AUGGCUACGCAAAACCAGCCGUUGACAUUGAUGGAGCUCCCUUCGGUCCCAGUCAGCCAUGACGACUGGAUUGCACAUGCCGCUGCCCAUCCAAAGGCACCGAUGUGUGACCUCGUCGAACCAUACAAGGCAUACGAUUCCAAGCUACGUGAGAUAUUUGCCCAGCAACCCGAUCAUACUGCUAUUAGAACGCCCAAUGUUGUUCCAAUAUUUGCAGGUCGCGAGCAUGAGCUCAAGAUACGCGCUCGCAACCCUGCCGAUGAGUCCGAGGCCGAACGUCAGCGCUAUCUUAUGCCUCUUGACAAGGCAGAUCGCAAGCCGUCUGGCUCUCCAGCCGUCGUGCAAUCACUUGAUGAGUUCAGAACCAACUUUCAGCUAUUUUCAGAAUCAUCUCUUGUGGACAUGGACUGGUCCAAUGUGGUGGUCGCGGGUAGCGCCGUCGUAACCUCGUUGCUACCUGUACCUGAGAAAUACAAUAGCUCGAAGCGCGCUCUGCGCGAGUACUAUCAUCAACAACUAGCGCCAGCCUCCGACGUCGACCUCUUUCUCUACGGCCUCACCGAAGAGCAGGCUAUCGAGAAGAUCAAGCAGAUUGAACAACGCAUCAAGGAUUCUAUCUUGACUGAGACAACUACCGUCCGAACGAAGAACGCCAUCACUAUCGCUUCACAGUAUCCGACUAGGCACGUUCAGAUCGUCCUGCGUAUUUACAGAUCCAUCUCCGAGAUUCUUACAGGCUUUGAUGUGGAUUGCUCCUGUGCUGCAUACGAUGGCAAGCAAGUCUACGCUAGUCCCCGCGCGCUCGCUGCAUACAUGACCCAGAUCAACACCAUCGAUCUGACGCGUCGCUCACCUUCGUACGAGAACCGCCUAUCCAAGUAUGCACGUCGGGGAUUUGAAGUAUAUUGGCCGCUCCUUGAUCGUUCGCGUAUCGACCCUACGCUGUUUGAGCGCUCGUUUGGUCGUACUCUUGGACUGGCGAGGUUACUAGUCCUUGAGAAAUUGCCGAAAAGCACCGACCGUGACGCCUAUGUUGACCAGCGCCGUGCAGAACGUGGUAGACCAGCCAUCAACCGGUGGGCUAGACAGAAGCUGAGGGGCGAUAUCAAGCAACAGCACGAUGAAGAUGUUGCUGAAUGGGUCGAAACUGACGAGAUUAGCGACUACCAUACCUUCACCGUUCCAUACGGACCAAAGUUUCACGCUCGGAAGAUUGAGAGGCUAUUGUACGCGAAGGACUUGCUGCUCAAUGCUGAGUGGAAUCGACCCAAGGAGCGGGAAACUACUCUGCACCGACACCCUGCUUUCUUUGGUAAUGCAACCGACGUGAUAGAGGAUUGCUGUGGCUAUUGUCCUGAACCUACCACACCCGAGGACCAAGAGAUCGCAGAAGAAGAAGGCAAGAUCUACGUGUCGGGCACUUUGUCUUUCAUCAAGGACAACCCUGGACGGCAAGCAAUCGGCUCUUUCCACCCACUCACUGAUGAUGACUGGACCGAGAUGGCUUACGUUGGGAACACUGCACGACUAUGCCAGGCUAUCGUUGAAGGAGACGUUGAACAUGUGCAGGACUGGCUAAGCCAAGAGGAUGCAGAUCCCAAUCGACGAGACUAUACCGGGCGUACUCCACUCCAACUAGCAGUCGCAACCUCAACUCCACAGGUCGUCCAAGCACUUAUCGAUGCAGGAGCUCGGAUUGUCGCUCGUCUCUUCGACGGCAAGACCGCCCUCCACCUUGCCGCUAUGCGCGGUGAAGUCGAGAUGGUCAGAGCUCUACUUUUCAGGAGUGAGGCUAACGAAGCGCUGGAAGCGGAGAAAGAGGCUAUCAAGAAGCGCAGCCAGGCCCAGCCGGCAAUCCCUAGUGAUGAAAAUGUCGACGACUCCGAUCAGCAGAUGAGCGAAGACGACGGUCAAGACGAAGACAUCGACAUGCUUGACGAAGACGAUGAGUCUGACAACGCCGAUGCCACUACUGAGGGCUCUGUGAUCAAGAUUGAUCGUAAGAAGUCGCAAGAUCAUGACGACCUCCCAGACGAUGCGAACGAUGACGAACCUGAUGUAUACGACGUCGAUGUAGUCGCCUGGGACGCACCAGUAUCUGCGCUUCAUCUAGCUAUUGCUAAUGGCCACACGGAAAUUGUGAAGACUCUUGUUCAGGAGUUUGGGGCUGAUGUAUUGCUGCCAAUCAAGCUAGUGCACGACCACAACAAGUCUCCACGCGCGGCAAUCCUGCCGUUGGUUCUCGCAUUACAGCUUUCGCCCGGUAAAGCCGAGGAAAUGACCGAGUUACUCAUUAGUUUGGGUGCAUCACCAGCUCAAGGCGACCUCAACCAUGUUACGGCAUUGCACUACUUUGCUGCGCAUGGCGUUAGUCUGCUCAAAACCAUGAUAUUGGCGAACCGGCCUGCCUCACAACAAGCUACCAACCACCUCGUAAUGAACGGCUAUCAAUACAAUCCACAAGCGAGUAGUGCUCUGAAAAUAGCCAUCGAACAUGGUGAUGCCGCUGGUGUCGAAGCCCUCCUGGAACUCGGGGCGAAGCCUGAGAUUGAUUUCGCUACCUACAUUGCUUCUGCGAAGAGCAAAUGGGGCCUCAUGGGCGACGAUACGGAACGCAACCAAAACAAAUUCAGAGAAAACAUUGAGCAGCCCGUACUUGCUGCAGUCCGUUCCGAGGUAACAUCAAUCGUACUCAAGCUUUUGGAUGCUGGAGCAGACAUAAACAGCCUCACCCCCAAAGCUUGGAGCGCUUUGAACAAGAACAACAAGUACCACGACAACGAUACGGGCACUCUUUUGGAUAUGGUUCGUACUACCAUGAGGAAGCUGCGCACCUUCAUCGAGCUAGGGAAAGUCGAUGGCCAGGACGGAUGGCUGUACUCUGAUGGCUGGGUCGACCAGUUCCGUUACUACUACGGAGCUGGAAAACGAUUAGCACCAAUACCUCUAAAGGAAGACGCCGAAUAUCUCCAAGAGUUGGAACCCGGCACUUACGCUCACUGGAUGGUCAGAAAUCAAAUCGAAACUGCAAAGCAGACUUACGAAAAAGACCUGAAAGAUCAUGAGGAGCGAAAGAGAUCUGAACAAGAACCUCCGGGGACGGAUGAGAAGAAAGUAGCUGUUCAAUCGGUACUGGAUGAUUUCCAGGCUUUAGAAACCGAACUAUUGAAACGAAACGCGAAGACUUUCAAAGAACUCCACCCGGAUAUCGAGCUUGACGUACCUCGACCAAACCAGUACAACUAUGGAAGAAGUCGCGACGAAGAUCCACCAAAGCAAUGGAGUCCGUUUCUGACCUUCAGGCUUUCGGAUUUGACUAACGAGCGACGGGACGCUUACCUCAGGCUUUUCCAGGCUUGCUGGAAUGCCGAUCUUCUUACAAUCAAGGAACUCACUCUAACAGUCUGGAGUGAGAACCAGAGUCCUUUGAAAGUCGCCGUCACGGAUUCGCAGAACUUCUCACCAUUCUCAAUUGCGAUUCUGCGAAAACAUUAUGGAAUUGCUCGAGCCAUCCUCGAAAUCGCGCAUGCGCAAUAUGCGCCUGAAGAGAAGCCAAUGGUCAAGCACAGCCUACAGCCAAGGGACGAAGACGAGGAUAGCUGUGAUGACGACGACAACGAUUUCCAGAUAUAUGCUGAGAUAGUGGACGAUCGCUUCACUAUCGAGAAUAUCGGAGAGGUGCAGAACCAGGUCAAAAGCAACGUGCGGCCAGUACAACUGUUGUCGUGGCAUCACCCCGUGUCUGGUUUCCUCAGCCACGAUGAUACGUCGACAUCUACAUGGCUUACUCCUUCAGGACUCUCCAACAAAAGACAGCAUCUGGGCAGAUCUCAGGCAAGUGAUCGUACGUACGACGCGUCGCAAACGGAUCAGCAAGAGAUUUCCAAAGUCGAGCGUCCGGAAAAUCUUUUUCAAUUCGCAAUCUACCUAGACGAUGCCAAUCUACUGCAAUUCUUGAUUGCUAGGGCUGAGGAGUACACGCAACACGGUAUCGAAGCUGAUGAGGAAACCGCUCCUAAAUUCUUCCGUUUCAAUGAAGCAGACUUCCUGUACGCGAUCCGUCUUGGCCGUACCCGCGCACUGGAAAUCAUUAUCAAGAGCACUGGAGCAGGUAUUCCCCUGGACGAUCUUGUAAAAAAGAGUGGUAUCGAGAUCCCUGUGAAACCAAAGUACUAUCAAGGCUUGUCGGUUCACGGGAAGAAGCGAGCGGACUGGGCGAAUGAAGGAAGGGAGGUUCGGUCUGAAGCAGUUGGGGCGCAGCACCCGCCCUUGUUGUAUGCUGCUUGGUACGGAAGCCUGGAGAGUGUCGAGUGGUUCGUAAGCGAUACAGCCCUGCGCUGUUACACAGAAUUUGCAGAUACGCAUCGAGACGAUAUCCGCAUCCAGAACUUGGCGAAGACUGAGCGCGGCUUGCAGUCGUCUAUUGCUAAGUGGCUCGACCUACGCUCGCACCUGCUGCUUCACUCAGUGGUUCUUGGUAGGACAAAUGCGGACUCUCUGGCUCUCCUCCGACAUCUAUGCAACACCCACCCCAAGGCCCUUGAGCACCGUUCUGCGAGCGGUAUGACGCCUUUGCAGCUUGCUUUCGCCCUGCAUCGUGUUGAGAUGGUUAAGAUUCUUCUGGAAGCUGGUGCCGACCAGACUACACGCGACAAUACUGGGGCGAAUAUUGUCCACUCUAUCUUCAACAACAUUAACCGGCAGAACAAAGGCUUGGAAAAAGUCAAGGAGUUGCUCGGUCUCAUCGAUCCUCGUCUCUUCUCUAGCUUGUUCACCGAGCGCACGACGGACAUGCCUGGUGCCGCUACACCCCUUGCGCGCUGGCUGCAUUCCGCUUCUUCCGUCGGUAGCGUGACUGUGCCGCACAACGAAGAAAUUCUCAAGAUCAUACUCGGGUUCAGCAAGGGCAAUGACUUGGGUGUCGUCAACGGCGAAGGCGAUACGCCCAUGCACACCGUAGUGCGACGCGGUGUUGACACACUCCUACGAAUCAUGCUCGAAAACCGUCCCGACCUUCUCUUCCGCGAAAAUGCAUCAGGGCGAACGCCAUUCGAGAUGGCCGAGGAUACGUAUCUAGCCAACGAGGUGUUCAGCAACCCUCCGUCUCUGCCGGGUUCCAGCCACUCUUACUACCGUCGGGGAGGGCGUCGUCGUGGUCACGAACAACCGAACAUUAGCGUUCUCAAGCGCGAUUCAAAGACCUUUGUAGAAGAGCCCGAAGACAUCCGCUCUGGUGAGGAGAAGGUGUUACAGGUCUGCAGGGAGUUCUCGGAGAAAAACCAUGGACAGAAGAGGAAGCUUGUUAGUCUGGUCGAAGCUAAUGAAGUCGCGAAGAGACUGGCGCCGCGAGAACGCAGUGUUCCUGUAGAGGAUGAUAGUUCUGUGACGGGUGAAGAAACUACCGGAGGCGACGAGGUCGAUGCGUGUUGUUCGUAUCUUGGCAUCUUGAACAUGAACUUCCUAGAACGAUUCAAGAAACAAAUAAGCCCAGCAGAUGAUGCGCCAGAUCCAUAUGCCGAUGACAUUGUCUAUCCAGUUCAUAUCCUAGAUGAUACGAAAACUUUUCGUAGCAUCCUGAUCGUAUGGACGCUAGUUUUCAACGAUGUCCUGAACGCAGACAAGCUCCGAGCCUCGCUAGCCAACCUCUUGGAAACAGGAGAUUGGCGGAAACUGGGAGGCCGUUUACGACUCAAAGACGAUGGCAGACUAGAAAUUCAUGUCCCACCCACCUUCACUCCUUUGCGCCCUGCCUUCACUUACACUUACACUGCUAUCGAAUCCUCCAUCCAACAACACGAACUAGCCAAGAAACUUCCUAUCAAGUCCACCGAAGCCAUUUCAACAUGCCCUGGGCCGACCGACUUCAACGACCUUGCGACUCCACCCUCUGCACCCAUGACCAUCGAGGACCUGCUUGCUGGAGACACACCCCAGAUAUCAGUACAUAUCACAUCCUUCACCGACGCUACGCUCGUGGGUUUAUCAUGGCCGCACACGCUCAUGGAUGUCAUGGGCCAGGCAGCUUUUCUCUCAGCAUGGUCGAGCGUAUUAGCCGGUCGAGCGACCAAAGUACCGCCUGUACUUGGUGCGCAGGAAGACGUAUUACUAGCAUUGACCGAUGACGCUACCAGCGCACCACAGGAAGAAUACGUGCUAAAGUCCAAGCAGUUAAAGGGCCUCGCUUUUGUCAAGUUUGGAGCCAGCUUCCACAUCGGAGUCACCAACACAGCAGAGCAAGGAGAGAACAAGAUGCCUUUUAUCAGCGACGGCGAUAUCCUCACUGCAUUCGCCUUACACUGUAUCGCCUCCUCACUCCCCGCCCCGCGCCCCUUGACCGCCCUCCACGCCAUGAACGCCCGAUUCCGCCUCCCAUCCCUAAUCAAUGCAAAAGGUGUACAUGUCUCCAAUAUGCUGGUCCCUGGCUUCACUUUUCUAGACCCCGCAAUGUCUACCGGCCCACUCGGUCCCAUGGCCCUGCAUAACAGAAAAAAGCUCCUGGAACAGGCCACAGAAGCCCAAGUCCUGGCCAGUCUGCGUGAACAGAGGGUGAGUGGGGAUCCGAGUACGCUGCUUUAUAGCGAUGCGGACGCGUUGUUGGUGCCGUUUACGGAUUGGACAAAGGCCAAGUUUUUUACUUCUGCUAUUGACUUUUCUCCCGCUGUGGUACGCGCGGGUGGUGGUGGUGGUGACAUGUCCGGCGAGAAGAUGAAGGCGGUGCAUUACGAAGGACCAUUCAAGGUCUCGGUCAAGGACGUCGAGCUGCCCAAGAUCCAGCACCCCGACGAUGUGAUUGUUAAGGUCACAACGGCAGCCAUCUGCGGUUCAGACCUACACAUGUACCAAGGGCGCACGGCAGCGGAAGCCGGUCUCGUGUUCGGUCAUGAGAAUAUGGGUACCAUUAUCGAAGUCGGAUCGGGUGUGACACUAUUAGAGAAGGGUGAUAGGAUCGUGUUGCCAUUCAACGUCGCCGAUGGUAGGUGUCGCAACUGCGAAGAAGGCAAAACGGCUUUUUGUACUGGAGUGAACCCGGGCUUUGCCGGUGGAGCCUACGGCUACGUAGCCAUGGGCCCGUAUCAAGGCGGCCAAGCGCAAUACCUCCGCGUCCCAUUUGCCGACUUCAACGCAUUGAAAUUACCCAAAGGCACCGAGCACGAAGCCGACUUCAUACUACUUGCAGACAUAUUCCCGACAGGAUGGCAUGGACUCGUGCUCGCCGGAUUCCAGUCCGGUGAAAGCGUGGCGGUGUUCGGCGCAGGUCCUGUCGGCCUGAUGGCAGCGUAUAGCGGGAUCCUGCGAGGCGCCAGCAAGGUCUUUGUAGUCGACACAGUGCCUGAACGGCUGGCAGCUGCGGAAAAGAUUGGAUGCAUUCCCAUUGACUUUACGAAGAGCGAUCCCGUUGAACAGAUCAUCAAGCUCAACGACGGUAUGGUAGAUCGCGCAGUCGACGCGGUCGGGUACCAGGCUGUGGACGCAUCAGGCAGCAAAGAGAAGCCAAACAUCGUCCUCGACCAGCUAAUCAUGGUGACGCGACCAACGGGUGGCUUGGGUAUUCCAGGUUUGUAUGUGCCAGCCGACCCGGGCGCGCCCGAUGAACAGAGUAAGAAAGGCCAGAUCCUGAUCUCAUUCGGCAAGCUGUUCGAAAAGGGAUUGCACCUCGGUACUGGGCAGUGCAAUGUGAAGGCGUACAAUAGGUAUUUGCGCGACAUGAUCGUAUCGGGCAAGGCCAAGCCGAGUUUCGUUGUGUCGCACGAGAUCAACAUCGAUGAGGCGCCGACGGCGUACGAGAAGUUUGAUAAGAGGAUCGAGGGGUAUACGAAGGUGUUGAUCCAUCCGAAUGGAGCGUUGAACUAG